CGGGCCUGGCGUCUGGACGGGCGCUCCUAGCUGCCCCGCACGCUCCCCGCCGCCCCCCAUGAGUGCAGCCCUGAGCGGCCCGUGUCCAUAGGCGGCGGGGCGCCCCCCAUGCUGCUGCAGCCCGCGCCGUGCGCCCCCAGCGCGGGCUUCCCGCGGCCCCCGGCCGCCCCCGGCGGCGCCAUGCACGGCUCGCAAAAGGACACCACGUUCACCAAGAUUUUCGUGGGCGGCCUGCCGUACCACACCACCGACGCCUCACUCAGGAAGUACUUCGAGGGCUUCGGAGACAUCGAGGAGGCCGUGGUCAUCACUGACCGGCAGACGGGCAAGUCCCGCGGCUACGGCUUCGUGACGAUGGCUGACCGUGCAGCGGCUGAGAGGGCUUGCAAGGACCCCAACCCCAUCAUUGAUGGCCGCAAGGCUAAUGUGAACUUAGCAUAUCUGGGCGCCAAGCCUCGAAGCCUCCAGACGGGCUUUGCCAUCGGUGUGCAGCAGCUACACCCCACCUUGAUCCAGCGGACUUAUGGGUUGACUCCGCACUACAUCUACCCACAAGCCAUUGUCCAGCCGAGCGUGGUGAUCCCAGCUGCCCCUGUCCCGUCACUGUCUUCACCCUACAUCGAGUAUGCACCAGCCAGUCCGGCCUACGCCCAGUACCCGCCGGCCACCUAUGACCAGUACCCCUAUGCCGCCUCACCUGCCACGGCCGCCAGCUUCAUGGGCUACAGCUACCCAGCUGCUGUGCCCCAGGCCCUCUCAGCCGCAGCCCCCGCAGGCACCACCUUUGUGCAGUACCAGGCACCACAGCUGCAGCCAGACAGGAUGCAGUGAGGGGCGUCCCUGCCCCAGGCACCGUGGUAACAUCACCCCAACAGCAGACAGACCCACUAAGCCUCGAUGGGUCAGCAGCCGACUUGGCUGAGCUUCGGUGUGACCAGCACUUGUGCCUCCGAGACACCUCGGGCACCUGCCUGUGCCCUGGGACAGCUGAGACGGCUUCUCUUCAAAUCUAGGUCCUGUCACAUCUCUAGGGAGGACUUUAAGAAGAAAGAAUGACCGGAAGAUGUUACCCCAUAUUCCUUGCACACCAUGGCAGCCUUUUCUCUGCACCUUUUCCUGCCCCAUCGUCACUCCAGGUGCCCUCAGGCUUGUCCCCACAGCUGCCUCCAGGCGGGUCAGUCACGAACCCUCUACAGACCCAGCUGCUGUUUGGACUGUACGGAAGCUUUGCCCCGAGCGGAGGUGCCUUACUCCAGGGAGACCUGUGAGAGAAGCUGGUUGACUAUUUAUUGUAACUCACCCACACCAGCACUAGCUGCCAGCCUGUCUGCGAGCCUGUCGGGGGUGAGGGGAACCACCUCCUUGUUGAAUUCUUGUUUUCUACUUCAUCACACUCGGUGGCUUGAGAAACCUGCUGGUCCCCAGGCACAGCAGCUCCAGCCGGAGAUCCCCUCCAGUCGAAGCACUGCAACCUUUGUCUUAUCCUAAUUGUUUUGCUACUAAGAUGAUUUCAGUCUAUUUUUUCAAGGAGACAACCGCCACCAAGAAUCCAAAACCUAUUUUUGACUUGGAGCGACUUUCUUUUGUUGGUUUUACCCAUGGAGACGAUGAUAUGUCUCUGUACAAGAAAAGUACAGAGAGCCGGGAGCCCUGGGUGGGGUGGGCAGCGGCAGACAGGCCUCUCACCCACAGUUUGAUGACCCACCUAGGCGGGCAAUUUGUCAUCUCAGAGCCAUUGUUGCAACACCUGGGGCAGGAGGGAGCAGGCCCAAGGUGUUCGGCUGCUCAGGGUCUAGACCGUAAUGGCUCCUGGCUUGUGGGUGGGGGACCCUCAGCCCUGCCCGCUGGGGGGCUUUAGAGCACAGGAUUGGCCACCCCGCCCCCUCCCUCCUGCUGAAUACCAGCCCAAGAUGCACCCUUGCCUUCCUUGGAGGUUGGUGGAUGGGGGUGACAAGUUCUAACAGCCGUGAUGUCUCCUCUGGGGGUGUGCAGGGCCUGUAGAGCCAGGAGCAGGGGUGAGGAGGCUGUCCUGGCAGGAGGAGGUGGGGGCAGCUGGGGGUGUCCUUUAGACCUACCUCAGGGAGGGGAGGCCUCAGGGAGCUGAGCGCACACGCGCUCCUUGGCACGCGUGGUAGAGUCAAGGCCCAGAAAAUGAA